AGCAACAUCCCUAUUUAAGCAUGUGACCUUAAGGUGGGAAUUCCAGAUGUUAUGAACACGAGAUGUUUCAUUUGGUUAACUAACAAAAGAUGCAGUGAGAUCGAAACAAAGCAUGGAGAAUUUGAUGCAUCCCUCUAUUCUUUUUCUAUACCUGCUUAUAACUUUCCUCACUUUCUCGGCGACACAGCGUUGUCCUUUGUCCGAUAGGACAGUAGAAACAGUAAAAAAGUGUCCAGAGGAUGAAGAAAGCACAAACACAAGCGCACGGAUAAAACAAUGUGAGAAGCUUGCAAAUAUUCAGACAUGUUCAAGUCCUUCAAAAUUCAAGUAUCACUGUCUACCUACCGAUUUAUCAGGAACACUAGUGGAAGUAUGUGCUGUUGAAAGAUAUAUAUAUGGAAUAUGUGUGCUUUAUAACAACACCGAAAUUCAAACAAAUGAAAGCAUUAAUUGUAGCCAGUCUUCUAGGUGUCCAAAAAGAUUUUUGUCCUCAGAAGCACAUCUGUAUGAACCUUGCUCUCCUAACGACUUAACAACAAUUCAAUUCUUUGAUACAACUGUCACGUUUGUACCAGAAGAUGAGGCAAAAGUGCAUUCCGUUGUAUUAUUUGCAGCAACAGGGAUAAUUUUUCUUGGGAUCAUCAUUGGAUUCUUCUUUAUUAAAAUUGUGAAAUGGAGGAAAAGACGACAAACAAAUAGAUACGGCCCCAAAGAAACAGAGGAAAUUAUGCUUGAAAAUGGUGAGAAUAUGCAUUGAAUUUUCAGUUCCAUACAGAUAACACAUGU